GCCAUCUCUCAGCCGUCCGAUCAACCGAAUCUCACUCCUCCGCCGCUCGAUUCCCAACGCCUCUUUUUCCGGUUCCAUGCAGAAAAAGCCCGACAUUUUUCACAAACUCCAACAAUUUCCCCCUUUCUCUCUCUCUCCUAUUCAAUUCACUGCUGUAUUCAUCAUCACACACUUAUUUAUUGCGGUUUCCAGCUACAAUCCUCAUUUCCUAGCCUGAAUCUGCGCCUCUGUGGUUGGUGAAUGAUUGGACGGUGAUGAAUUGCGACUGAGUCGUUGUUUCUUAGUUUGGUUUGUGAGUGAAGAAGAAGCACAGAGCAAAAGGAUUCAUCUCACUUUAUAAGGAAUCAUGAAGAGGGUGCAGAUACAUCAGAGCAACCAUCCAUUUGAUCCAUAUCCGUUUGAGGCCUUUUGGAAUGGCUCAUGGCAACCUGUGGAGCGCCUCAAGAUUAAUGGCGGGGCUAUCUCGUCACAGAUUGUCGAAAAAGGAGUGGUCAUUGAUGAGGAUCUUCCAAUGUCGCAUCUCCGUAUAAGGUCAAAAAGAGCUACUGUCUCUGACUGUAUAUCCUUCUUAAGGCAAGGAGUUGAUGUUUGUGUAUUCUCUACAUUUCACAAUCCUGAAGAUUCAGACGAUGAGACGAGAGAUGAGCCUGUCUGGGUUGAUGCGAAGAUAAGAUCCAUCGAGAGAAAACAUGAUGGCGCGUCAUGUAAUUGUGAGUUCAAUAUCAGUUUCUACCUCGACCAAGGCCCCGAUCUUUAUCUGUUGAACAAAAAGCUUUGUAAAGCAACAACCAUGCUGAAGAUCGACCAGAUUUCUCUACUUCAAAAGCUCGAACUGAAGCCAUUAGAAGGCAAUUACUACCGUUGGGGAUCCUCUGAGAACUGUUUUUCAGUUCAAAAGUCCAAGCUGUUUAGUGGGAUGUUCUGCACCGAUCUCUCAUGGCUCAUUGUUGCAUCUAUUCUGAAGCAAACGGCUUUUGAUGUGAGAUCGAUUAAUAAUCAUAUUGUCUACGAGGUUACAGAGUACAAUCCCGACAGAGGUCAAACGGAUUCUCCGAAUCACUCAUAUUGUUUGAGUUUCAAGGUUGAAAAUGAAGUUUUGACCCCUUUGGUUAUGCAAGUUGAUCCAACCACCAAGGAGGAAGGUUCCGAAGGACGUGAGCUCGGGAUCUUGUGUCCGUACGAUCCCACUGAACUGCGGAGAUCAAAACGUCGAAAUGCACAGCCAGAUCGUUACUUGGGCUGCGAUAACCUUCCAGAUUACGAGGUUGAGGUGACUCGUUUAGGUGAGAGCAAGACGUAUAUGAAGGAGUAUGAUGAGAGCUCAUCAGAGGAAGAGGAAGAAGAGUAUGAUGAGUAUCGGAGGGCUCUCUCAGUUCAGGAUGACAACGAAUUUCAGCAACACCGUUCAGGUGAAAAAGGCAGUAGCUCUAGUAAAAGAAAGUCCAAAGAUGGCGCUGGAAAUGAUGUGGAUUCAGACGCGCCUAAACGUAAGAGUAGUAAGAAAUCGGGCAUGUCUAAGUUUGAACGGGCAUUAGCUGCUCUCAAAGCAGCUCGAUUAGAAGAUCGUUCUAUCGUUCCUACAGACGGUUCUGCAGACAACGGCCUCGAUAAAAAUUUCAUGAAUUUCAAGGCCCCUGAGGAGAAUCAGAAAGAUAUCGGAGAAAUGGUUUCAAAAUAUUUCUAUAUGAAUGGAUUUCAGUCCACACAAAAAAGGAAAACAUUGGACUUCAUGGAUGUUGAGAGUGGAGGAAGGAAGGGUUUAAAAGCCACUCGUCGAAAAUACCAAAGAGUGAGCAGCCAUACGAAUAGUUUGAAGAGGGACUGCUUUUAUGUUCGAGAGAGCAUCUACGACGUGAGGAGUUUCAGGAAGGGAUCUGUAACGGCACAACUAUGCCGAGAAUUGAUCAGAAGAUGUAUGAACAAUAUUGAUGCCACUCUAAAAAAUGAGCCGGUGCAGCCGCCGGUGGUUGAGCAGUGGAAAGAGCACCAGUCGAAGAUAUCCUCGAAUGAGAAGGAACCGGACGAGAAACCUUCUGGGAACAAUGAUGAAGGAGUGAACAAUGAGGAAGGAAUAUCGGAGAUCGAUAUGUUGUGGAAUGAAAUGGAAGUUGCUUUGGCAUCAUGGUACCUUCUUGAUAACAAUGAGGAGUCUCAUGUCAAACCCUCUGAUGAAAUGCAAAACUCGAGCUGGAUCGGAGCGAAUAAUAAGUGUGCACAUGAUUAUCGACUCGAUGAGGAAGUUGGAAUGGUUUGCCAUUUGUGUGGAUCCGUGGAGACCGAAAUAAAGGAUAUUUUGCCACCAUUUACUCCAACAGCACACUGCACUCCAAUGAAGGAGCCAAGAACUGGAGAUGACGUGGAUGCAGAAUACAAAAAAAGCGAAAAUAAAGAUCUCGAGCAGCUCUGCAUUCCUGCUCCCUCGACUGCGCCUACAAUAGGAGACGGGGAAAACAACGUGUGGGCGCUGAUCCCAGAACUCAAAGAUAAGCUACGGAGCCACCAAACGAGGGCUUUCGAAUUUCUUUGGCGGAACAUUGCUGGAUCAUUGAUCCCCACGCGAAUGGAGAAGAAAAAGAACAGACGAGGUGGCUGUGUCAUCUCUCACACUCCUGGUGCAGGGAAGACUUUGCUCAUCAUCGCGUUUCUUGUGAGUUACCUGAAGCUGUUUCCCGGGUCGAGGCCAUUAGUCCUAGCUCCAAAAACGACGUUGUACACGUGGUACAAAGAGAUAAUCAAGUGGAAGGUGCCGAUUCCUGUAUACCAAAUCCAUGGUGGUCAAACAUAUAAAGGCGAGGUCUUGAAGCAGAGAAUGAAGCUCGCACCGGGCCUUCCCCGCAACCAAGACGUCAUGCACGUUCUUGACUGCCUUGAGAAGAUGCAGCAGUGGCUUUCACAUCCCAGCAUCCUGCUCAUGGGGUACACCUCGUUCCUCACUCUGACUCGGGAAGAUUCACCCUACGCACACAGGAAAUACAUGGCUCAACUACUCAAGCAGUGCCCUGGAAUCAUGAUCCUCGAUGAAGGGCACAACCCGAGGAGCACGAAGUCGAGGCUCAGAAAGGCUCUGAUGAAGGUUAAUACAAGACUUAGGGUUCUGCUCUCGGGGACAUUAUUUCAGAACAAUUUUGGUGAAUAUUUCAACACGCUUCUCUUAGCAAGGCCGAGCUUCGUGAAUGAGGUGCUGAAGGAGCUGGAUCCCAAGUAUGAAAAGAGAAAUAAAGAGAGACUAACUCAGUUUUCGCUGGAAAAUAGGGGACGGAAGCUUCUCAUUGAUAAAAUCUCGAAGAAAAUAGACUCUAAUAAAGACGGAGAAAGGGAGCAAGCGCUGAAGACUUUGAGGAAACUGACUACUAAGUUCAUAGAUGUGUAUGAGGGAGGCAGCUCGGAUGAGCUCCCCGGCCUGCAAUGCUACACGUUGAUGAUGAAGUCGACGACCCUUCAACAAGAGGUUCUGUUGAAACUUCAGAACCAGAGGCCGGUGUACAAGGGAUUCCCUCUCGAGCUCGAGCUACUGAUCACCCUCGGUGCUAUCCAUCCCUGGUUGAUCCGGACGACAGCGUGCUCUGGCCAGUACUUCAGCCAGGAGGAGCUCGAGGAUCUCGAGAAGUUCAAGUUCGACAUGAGGUCGGGUUCCAAAGUUAGAUUUGUUAUGAACCUCGUGCCAAGAUGCCUGCUCAGGAAGGAGAAGCUGCUGAUAUUCUGCCACAACAUCGCCCCGAUCAAUCUUUUCCUGCAGAUAUUCGAGAGGUUCUACGGCUGGCGCAAAGGGCGAGAAGUCCUUGUGCUCCAAGGAGACAUCGAGCUCUUCGAGAGAGGGCGAGUCAUGGACAAGUUCGAGGAGCCAGGGGGCCCAUCGAAAGUCAUGCUGGCCUCCAUCACAGCUUGUGCUGAAGGCAUCAGCUUGACCGCUGCCUCGCGCGUCAUCUUGCUCGACUCCGAGUGGAAUCCCUCCAAGAGCAAGCAGGCGAUCGCCCGAGCAUUCCGGCCCGGCCAGAACAAAGUCGUCUACGUGUAUCAGCUGCUGGCCAGCGGUACACUGGAGGAGGAGAAGCACAGCAGGACUACUUGGAAGGAGUGGGUUUCGGAUAUGAUUUUCAGCGACGAACACGUCGAGGACCCGUCUCACUGGCAGGCGCCGAAGAUCGAGGACGAGCUGCUCCGGGAGAUCGUGGAAGAGGACCGAGCGACGCUGUUCCACCGGAUCAUGAAGAACGAGAAAGCCUCCAAUGUCAUCAGAGGGAAAGGUAUGCUCAAGAAAAUGUGAUGAAUGCUAUAUUAUCAUGUUUAGACAAUGACUAAUGUACAUUAUGGUCCUUAAUUUUAUCCUGUUUUCAUGAAGUAGUUCAUGUGUUUGUCCAUUUUCUGGACAAAGAGAUGAAUAAUAAUAAUACAUUAAGAAACUAUGAAAUUAUGUGAUUGAAGACAGGAUGAAUGAAUAAUUGAUUGAGGACAUUA